AAAGUAAGCAAAGAAACACAUUCUGAUAUCCUGAACAGGCUUGGUUUAGUUUUAGAUCCGUUUUACAUCUGCUUUUACACCAUAUGAUGUAAAUGUAAGACUUGCUGUUGAUAAUGGAAUUCAGUCUGUUACAUUUGAAAUAUUUGUUAAUUGUACAAUGCUUUUGUGUUUCUCUUCGAACAAUUGAUGAUGAUGUGAAAUUUGUCAGGAAAAAUCAACCAGUAACUUUUGAAUGUCCUAUUGCAAAACAAGAAAUUUUCAAGUGGCAAAUUGGAUUUAAAAAAAUUGAAAAUUCUACAUGGUCACCUGUUAAAACUAAAGAGUUUGAAGCAAAUGUGCUUUCUGGGGAAGUCAACAUCUUAAACAUCACACUUCUUUCAAAUAGUGAUUUAAAAUUUAGUUGUCAGAGCACUAACGAGAAGAUAAUAUUUGAAGCAAUACCAUUAUUCAAUAAUAGUGGGAAUCUUUAUCCAAGUUCUGAAACACCAAAUGCCAUAAAGGAUAAAAAAUUUACAUUGGAAUGCAAAGCUUGUGGUACUUCAACAACUUGGUAUACUGGAAAUGGAACACUUAUCGCUAAAUACUUUGGAACACAAAACCAAAAUAAGCCUAAAUAUUUUGGUAGCCGCCAAGACAAGAGCUGCACAUUGAGUAUAACCAAUGUCAGUUUAGCAGAAGACAACAUGAGCAUUAUUUGCAGUACUGGUUUUCAUACAAGCAUGUUCAAUAUUACAGUAUUUUAUUCUCCAGAAAGAGAUAGCAUGAAACUAAAUGUUUCUGGUGGAAAAGUAUGUACUGAUACUCCAACCAAAUUCCAGUGCAGCUGGAAAGGUGGUGAUCCACCAGCAAGUGAAACCCUGAUGUAUAAAAAUGUAUCAAAUACUAGUAAAGAAGAAGUUGAACUUAAUGUAAUACUUUCCAAAUCUCAUCAAACAGUUAAGUGUCUGGGCAUUCAUAUUGCUGCAAAUGUGUCUCACGAAAAGAAUUUAACUAUUUAUUAUCCACCUAAUAAGAUACAAAUCGAGGCUACUGAACCCUUUCUUGAAGGUCACAAAGGUAUUUUGCAUUGUAAGGCAAAAGAUGGAUAUCCAGAAAAGUACAGCUACAGGUGGGAUCCAAAUAACAACACCUCACAAAAUUUAACAUUUCCUAAUAUCAGUCGAACACAAAAUAAUAAGGUUUUCGCCUGUUAUGCUUCUAACAUGUGCAAUAAAAAAGAAGAAUUACAUAAAACACACUGGAUCAAUGUAGAAUUUGUCCAUAAUGGAGUCAUCUUCAACAAUUUGUAUAGCAGCAUUAUAGCCAGUGGCUACAAAGGCAAAGGUGAUGCCUUAGGCAAAAAUAAUUACAAAGGUAUCAAAUUACUGGAUCAGGAGAUGAAAGUUACAAAAAGGGUCAUAGCUCAGGAAGAAAGUUUGUAUAGACGAGAUGCAGUUUGGAUUUUUGCAAUGUAG